CACCUCCAUCUCAACACUCACUCCCACAACCUCAACUGUCUUCAACAUCUAUCUCUCUCUCUCUCUCUCUCUCUCUCUCUCUCUCUCUCACAGUGUCUCUGUGUGUGAGUUUCCCAAUAACUAGAAAACAUUUCACAAACACCCACUUUUUUCACCAAGUUAAAAAACCUCCCUCUCUCUCUCUCUCUCUCUCUCUCUCAAUUAUGGCACCAAAAAGUGAGGGUUCUGCUAAAAAGGUUAUGAACAAAGGAGCAUGGACAGCUGAGGAAGACAGGAAGCUUUCUGAGUACAUUGAAGUUCAUGGGGCCAAGAGGUGGAAGACUAUUGCAGCCAAGUCAGGCUUGAACAGGUGUGGGAAGAGCUGCAGGUUGAGAUGGUUGAAUUAUCUGAGGCCUAACAUCAAGAGGGGCAAUAUAUCAGAUGAAGAGGAGGACUUGAUUCUUAGGCUUCAUAAGCUUCUGGGAAACAGGUGGUCUUUGAUUGCAGGGAGGAUUCCAGGUAGAACUGAUAACGAGAUCAAGAACUACUGGAAUUCUCAUUUGAGCAAAAAAAUAAAUCAGAAAGAGAAACCGCGGAAUAAAGCCAUCCCUGCACCUCGAGAAGCUUCUCCGCCGACGCCGCGAGAAGUUGUCCGAGCAGAUGAGGAGGGAGCCGACGUACCGAUCGGGAACUUCUUGGACGUCGACUUUGACACCGACGAGUUCUUCGACUUCACGGCCGAAGGGUCCUACGGGCUGGAGUGGGUGAAUAAAUUUCUAGAGCUCGACGAUGAGUUAUCACUAAAGGAGAAGAUGUGACCCAUUCGAGAGGUUAUAUUUUCUUCCUUCGAAAUGAUGAGUUUCCUCCAUGGUCAUAUGUACAGUUCUUGGAUGAAUGAAUCAUUUCUUCCUUAGUUCACUGAACUG